UCUAUUUUUGUUUUGACGCGCACUCGGCAAAACAAAACUGAACGCCAACUUUCAACCAAAUCAACAUCGUGCUUGUGAUUCCGAAAGCGAAAUCGAAUUUUAUCUUGCGAAUUUCAACACAUUCCUGGUGAUAUGGAUGCAAAGCAAAAGAUUUUGAUCGUGGGAGACGUGAAAGGAAAAUUCAAAUCAGUUUUCGCGCGCAUCGACAACGUAAACAAAAAAUCCGGUCCUUUCGAUUUGGUUUUGUGCGUAGGGAACUUCUUCGGAUCUUCGGCCGAUUUGACCGAAUUGAACGAGUACAAAAGCAAGAGAAAGACAAUUGCUGUCCCAACGUACAUUCUGGGCCCAAACGAUGAAAGUUCGUCCAAGUUCUACAAGGAUAUCACCGAGGACGAUAUCUGUCCCAAUCUGAGCUAUUUGGGCAAGAGAGGCGUUUACGCCACUUCCAGCGGCUUGAAGAUUGCCUAUCUUAGCGGGACGGAAGCUGAAGGAGACAAUCCCAAGACCCUUCCGAGUUGGAAGUUCUCCAAGGACGAUGUAAUGGCAGUGAGGGACUGUUGCUUGGCCAGUAAAUCCAACAUGGGAGACUAUCGGGGAGUGGACCUACUUGUGACGUCUCAGUGGCCCUCGGGAAUGAAGCCGGAUUCUAAGGGGUGCUCGAAAUGGAUUUCGUGGCUGGCAGAUGCUAUCAAACCGCGGUAUCACGUUUGCGGUCUCAACGGAGAUUAUUACGAGCCUCCACCAUAUCGAAACAAAGCUGACAAGAAUACACAGAUGGAACUCGCCACACGCUUCAUUGCACUGGCUGACUUUGGCAACCCUGAGAAAAAGAAGCACAUUUACGCUCUGGUCCUCACUCCUGUAGAAAAAAUGCGAAUCAUUGAACUGAUCCAGAAAACCACCGACGAGGUUAUUUCUCCAUACGCUGAUAUGAAUUUCUCGGAAGCCGGUGACAAGGGAUCAAAAGACGAUCGGGGAAGUCAGUACUUUUACGACAUGAACUCUUCGUAUGACGACAAUGCCCGGAAGCGUAGAAGCCAAGGCAAUCGCAUCAGUGGAAAUCAGGAUCAAAAGCGACAAAAACCGUCCUUUGAUCAGGAGAAAUGUUGGUUCUGCUUGUCGUCGGGAUCAAUCGAAAAACAUCUGAUCAUUUCGGUUGGCGAACAUUUUUACCUUGCUUUGGCCAAAGGACCGGUAAACGAAACCCACAUUCUGAUUCUUUCCAUCACACACAUCCAGAAUGCUUCGUUGCUUUCCGCCGAGCAGUGGACAGAGCUUAACAAGUUCAAAGAGGCUCUCACGCAGUUCUUCAAAGAUCGUGAUGAAACCAUUUUCCUCUUCGAGAGGAACUACAAAACCGGACAUCUGCAGAUCAAUGCGAUCGGAGUGGACAACAAUGUGGCGUGGAAAAUUCAGCAUGUACUUGAGGACAAAUCCGAAGAGCAUAACAUCACUUUGGAAACGGUCCCGAAACCGGAAUCGCCAUCUGAUCUGCCGCAAAAGUGUCCCUAUUUUGUGGCGGAACUCCCCGAUGGUAAUGUGAUGUUCACCAAGCAGAUGAGAAACUUUCCUCUGCACUUCGGCAGGGAGAUUAUCUGCGCGGACAAUCUGCUCAACUGUGAGGAGAAAAUCGACUGGCGUCAAUGUAAUCUGGAAAAGGAGGAAGAGGAAGCAAUCACCAAAAGAUUCCGGGAAAGUUUUCAGCCGUACGAUUUCACAGUUUGAUGAAAACUCUGUCUCGUGUGAUGUGAAGGUAGGUUUGUAUUAUUAUGUUUCUUAGUUUUUUUUCUCAGCCCUGGUUUAUUGAGAUCCUUUAAGGAUUCUGACGUAAAUGAAUUGAAUGUUUAAUAAACGCGAUAUGUUCCCACCACAUAAUUCAA